GGAGAGACAGGGGGAAGACAAGGUACAUGUGUAAUUGAGAGUGAGAUCUCACCGCCCCUGUCUUGAUGACACUGAGAUUGGAACAGGGACAGGUCUGGAGUGACAGUACCAGAAGACCGUCUAGCACCAGUUCCUGCAGAGCGUCCGGAGAAACAAGCCCCUCCCACUCUGUUAUGUUGCCUAGCAACUAAACAGAGAAGAAAACAUCACAGUUGCAGCCCAC